CUCGGAAUUCCGUCGGAAAUUUCCGAGAGAUUUCCGAGGAAAAAUGAAUUUCCGAGGAGUUAUUUCUGAGGACAUGUUUCGUCGGUAUGUCGUCGGAAUAACGUUAUUCCGACGACAUACCGAUGAUUUUUUCCCUCGGUACGCCGUUGUUUUCUUGUAGUGUAAGAUACAUCAUCUUUUGUAGCAUUAAAAUCUGCAUAUUAUGAUUUAAAAUAAUUAUUGGUUUGAAUCUACUUUUAUAACUUUAUAUUAUACUAAUAGACUAUAAUAGAUAAUUAAAUUCAUAAUAAUAUACUUUUACAAAAUCCUGUUUACCAUAGGUAUUCAGUGAAUCAGUGUUACUUAAUCUAAAAUGGUAGUACGCAAUAUAUCUAUUGAAAUAUAAUAUUAUGAAAAUAAAACAACAACAUUUAAUUAAAAAAAAAGUUUACUAAUAAAAAUUAUGGUAAAUUUUUUAAGGAAAUAAUAAAGUAAUCUUAUAUAUAUAAAACCAUUGUGAAAAAAUAUAUUCAAAAGGUAAUCCAAUAAAAAUGAAAUAACUAAUUAUACUCUAAAAACUAAAAAAAAUAUUUGUUUAAUAAUCUUAAUCAGUUUGGAUGAUAUGGUUAGUUUGAUAAAAGUAAUAAUAAAAUGUAUAUAUUUUUAAAUAAUCAAUUUUCAAUUGUUAUUUUAUUUAACUAAAUUUAAAAAACUAAUUUCAAAUCAAUUCAGUUUCACUUUAUCUAAAUCAUGAAUAGGUUUAAAAACUUAUAAAAGUAAAGAAAAGUACCAACAGAUUAAAACAUAUAUAUAUAUGAAUGAAAAAUAAUUGUUGAUUUGUAUACUGAAUUCAACUGUAAUUACAAGUAAUUUACUUAAUGAAUUUUCAAUUGUUAUUUUAUUUAACUAAAUUUAAAAAAAAAUUUUAACUUGACUCAUUUUUCACAUUAUCUAAGUCAUGAAUAAGUUUAAAAACGUAUAAAAAAAAAGAAAGGUACCAACAGAUUAAAACUUAUAUAUAUAUAUAUAUAUAUAUAUGAAUGAAAAAUAAUUGAUGAUUAAUAUACUGAAUUCAACUGUAAUUUACAAGUAAUGUACUUACUUUUUAAUGAAGGUGUAGCAAACAUAAAAAAAUAUUAAAUAGUUACAUUAAUUAAAAAUUAUUUUUUUAAUAAUUUAUCAGGUCUUUUCUACAAAAAUAAAUAUCAAAGAUUAAUAUUAUAUUAUUUUAGAGUAAAUUGAAUAUUCUUACACACAUAUAUUUUUAAUUAUUUUUCAUUUGCUUACCCGUCCGUAGAACGGGCUUACCUUAGUUAUUACAUAAAAGACAUAAGAUAUAUUGGUAUAAUAGGAUAAUUGGUGAUUGAACUAAUUAUAAUUUGUUUGGACGUCACAUGAUGCAAGUUUCUUAUAUUUAUCUUUGUUGCCCAUAUUUAUCUUGUUGAAACUUGAAAUAGAUUAUGCAAUUUCAAUUUCUUGCAUAAUUAUAGGAUGCGAAGCUUAUCGAAGGUUCCAAAGUACUGUAGGCAGAACCGUUCGUUGUGGUUGUUUGCUACGGUAAGAUCUUGACCAUCGAAAAUGUCGUACAUGCAGAACCGUCUGUCGAUCCAAGUGUUUGGAGAGAGUUUCAUCGUGGAAUUCUUAUCCAUGGAGCUGCUCAUCAAUAUCGUAUAUGUUGCAGGUAGUUGAUCAUCAUAUGUAAUAAAGUUAAAAAUUAUAUGAUGAUGUAAUGUGUUAUCCCGUGUUAAAAAAAAUAAACUUGAAGUAGAUAUAUAAAAAAGAAAAAGAAAACCUUUUUUUUUUGUCAACAAGGAAAAAGAUAACCAUAAACUUCGAAACCGCCGUAGAAAAUAACGUUGGUAAGUUAGAAACCCCAAUUUCUCUCAAGAAACACAAACAAUGACUAUUAUCUCCGACCUUUCGUGGGAUUUGGUAGAGAAGAUACUCGCUAGGGUUCCCAUAUUUUCUGUAGGAGCUGUGAGAUCCACUUGCAAACAAUGGAACCGUUUAUCCAAAGUUAGGGUUUUGUGUAAAGCAGAAGCGAAGAGGCAUCAGUUUCUACGCUUCAUGUUGAAGAACUAUAAGCUUUGUUCAAUGAGAUUCGAUCUCCAUGGAAUCCUCCACGGAGAACAAUUCGUGGAUCCAUCGAUAAGGGAGAUCACCGGUGAUUCACUUAUUCAUGUCAAGGUAACCAAAGUAUUUCAUUGUGAUGGCUUAUUGUUAUGCGUUACCAAGGACAAAGAGGAGAACAAAACAAGCCUCGUGGUCUGGAACCCAUAUUUAGGACAAACCAGGUGGAUCCAACCCAAAAAUUAUUACUACAGGCUAGACGUUUAUGCUCUCGGAUAUGACAUCAAUAAACGUAAACACAAAAUCUUGAGGUUCUUCGCGGAUGCCUACAAUGUUUCUCUGUACGAAAUCUACGAUAUUUGUUCUGAUUCAUGGAGAGUUCUUGACAUCACUCAGGACUGGGGCAUAAUGUUUUAUCAUCGUGGUGUGUCUUUGAAGGGAAAUACUUAUUUUUUUGCUAAAGAAAAAAUAGUAUUGGAAGCUGGAGGACCGGAAUCUAUAGCCGAGCCCCAUGCUAUCUUACUUUCUUUUGAUUUUACUAAAGAGAGAUUUGGACCACCUCUGCCUCUGCCGGUUGAGCACUAUAUUGAAGAUACCGGAACACUCUCUUCUCUUAGAGACGAGAAACUGGCAGCCUUAUAUCAGUCCUCAAGUAUGUGUAACGUGAAGAUUUGGGUGACAACUAAGAUUGAGCCCAAUGCAGUGUCAUGGGUUCCCUUUUUAGAAAUUGACUUGGAACCAUUAAGAGGUUUUGAAUUCCAGUUUCACCAUUAUGGUGCCAGUUUCUUCAUUGACGAAGAGAAGAAAGUCGCUGUAGUUUUUCAAAUUGACGAAUCUGAAAUGACCUGCUAUGACACAGCUUACCUCAUUGGGGAGAAUGGAUACUUUGAAAAAAUAGGUCUGGGAGAAGCUGACAAUCACUUAGACUCCAUUCCCAUGGAAGACUAUUGCCCACUCGUGUGCUCUUGCUCCUAUGUUCCAAGUUUAGUGCAUAUCAACAACGAAUUUGUCAAAGACAAAGCAAACGAAGGAGAUCAUCACUAACUAUGAUGAUAAUGUUUUAUUUGUUCUUUUUUUAAUCUCUUCUCAUUUGUUUUUUUUUUUUGAAAUAUCUUUUAGACAAGACUAUUGGCUUUCCCAUGGAUCCUUUACACUCUAGUAUCUGCUUUCAUCUGUUUCCGUAUAUGCAUUUUGGAUACUGGAACAACUAGAUCGAGAGAUGCAACAAAGGGGUUCAGGUCUGAAUCUUUGACUAGAUCGAAACUAGUCUUAUUACCUAAGAUAAAUGUUUGCAGACAA